AUCACCAUCUUCGUACAGAGCUCUUCUCCUCUUCCUUCCGGACUUUUUCUUCCUCUCCUCCCCCAUUACCCACUCUACUGCCGGUUUCUGCUUGACAAGCUGCCGCGGGUCCUAAUUCUCCUCUAAUCUGCCACAGCCCAGCUUCACUUCUCUUUAAACUGGAUCUGCCAUUCUGCCUCUCCAUCCCUUGACAGUUUCAUAGUACAUGACAGCUUGCUCAGCUGUGCAUCUCUAUACACGAUUGACUCUCUUUAUCGCACGAAUUCUGGUCCGAAGGCAGAAUGCUCAGGAGAAGUUUGGAGGAACUUCCAAUACGUGCCAUUGUUAAAAACUCGAGAGGAACGUUGGCCACAAGUUCUUUCUGAUCUACUACUGUGUGUAAUUCCUUGGUGGCUCCUUCAUCCUCAUUCUCUCUUACUCUGGCUUAAUUAGUUUUCCUUCAAGGCCUUAAAAAUGAAGUUCCAAGCCAUUGAGCAUUCACUAAGGAAACAUCAAACUAGAAGAAAAAUACCAAAGAUAGCCUUAGUUGUAGCCCUAACUAUUCUGUUAUCAGCUAUCUCCAUUUAUUCCCCUUCAACACAAUUCAAUACGAAGAAAGCAUCCAAACUUCCUUCUGAGUUUGAUUCAGCGGAGGAACCAGUAAAGUCAACUGCUCCUUCGGGUGUCAUUUUGGAGGCAUGUCGUAAUGAACAUGAUGGUUCUGAGCCCUGUAACCACAGAGAAAGUGGGGUAGAGGACCGAAAAGUAACAAAAGAGGAUGAGGAGGAGCCACCAAGCCUAAAAGCAGAGCAAGUUGAGGUUACAAAAUCAGCAGAAAUAGAAGCACAGGGAUCACAAGAAGAAGAAUACUGUGACUUAUUCUCAGGGGAGUGGGUUCCGAACCCUGAGGCACCGUACUAUACCAACUCUUGUUAUGGAAUUCAAGAACAUCAGAAUUGCAUGAAAUAUGGAAGGCCUGACAUAGAGUUCUUGAAAUGGAGAUGGAAACCAGAUGGCUGUGAACUGCCUAUAUUCGACCCACACCAAUUCUUGGAACUCGUCAGGGGAAAGUCUAUUGCCUUUGUCGGAGACUCUGUGGCAAGAAAUCACUUGCAGUCAUUGAUGUGUCUCUUGUCCAGGGUGCUUUAUCCUCAAGAAAUUUCAAAUUCAACCGAUGAGAACAGACAAUGGGAGUACCAAGGAUACAAUUUUAGAAUGUCAAUCUUUUGGGCUCCUUAUUUGGUAAGGUCAGUUGAGAUAACUGGUCCCAAGGACAGGACCCGUUCUUUUAGCCUAUAUCUUGACGAGUUUGAUGAAAAUUGGACAACCAAAAUUGAAGAAUAUGACUACGUUAUCAUCAACGCUGGCCACUGGUUCUUCCGACCAACCAUGUUCUACGAAAAGGGCAAUUUGGUCGGCUGCCAAUAUUGUCCACAGGAGAAUGUCACUCGCUUGACAACAUAUUUUAGCUAUCAAAGGGCUUUCAGAACAGCAUUUGGAGCCAUUAAUAGUCUGCAAAAUUUCAAGGGUGUAAUAUUUCUGAGGACCUUUGCUCCGUCACACUUCGAAAAUGGAACUUGGGAUAGCGGCGGAAACUGUCCUAGGACCAGGCCUUACAAGAGAAAUGAAGCCGUCUUAGAGGGAUAUAAUUUAGAGUUGUACAAGAUCCAAUUAGAGGAACUUAGAAUUGCGCAGGAAGAAGGAAGGAAACGAGGAUUGAGGCUUAGGUUAUUUGAUGCAACGAAAGCUAUGCUGCUGAGACCGGAUGGUCACCCCAGCGUGUAUGGCCAUUUACCAGAUCAGAAGUUGGAGUUGCCCAGAGAUUGUGUGCAUUGGUGUUUGCCUGGACCGAUCGACUCGUGGAAUGAUGUUUUGUUAGAGUUAUUAAGGAGGGAGGAAUCAGACAAACCAGUUACCUAAUUAGUCGUAUUCUGUCGGUCGCCGAAUGAAAUGACAUUUGAUUAUCGAAAGAUUUGAAGAAGAAAAAACUGCUUACAGUCAUUGAAUUCAUUACGGAGCACAAAUUGACAAAAGCCAUGCCGCCAGAAGCUGUAUGAAUUUUUUUUUUUUUGGGGGUCAAGCAGACAGGGUAGGUUUAAAAAGCCGGGAAAAAAAAGAAGAAGGGAUAUUUGAAUUCAAGAUGUGUAAGGUUUGAGGUCUCAAAAGCUGGUCACCUCCUGUAUGGAUUCUUUUCGAUUUUAUGUUCAAUGCUUUCAUUUAUCUUUACUUUUUAAGCCGUAGGUGGUUCCCCUUUUCCUUUCUCUUUCUCUGAAUUUGGCAAUCUGAUGUAUAUAUACAUUGAAUAAUGCCGUUAUUAGUUGACGGAUUCCAGCAGCAUUGAUAAGUCAAAGGACAUAUUAAAACUC